UGCUUCACACCAGCGCAAAGCCAACCCUACUAUGUGUGUCCGUGUUCCACGAGACGGGUAAUAGAUGCUGGCAGACUUCAGAAAUGGGUUGAAUUCAAAACGCACUUACACUUUACCGAUGCAGCGAGGUCAAUGCAACUCGGAUCAUAUUGGCUAACCGUCCAGGCACCAACUUGUAUCUGUGCAUGGACCAGUUUUGGGGAGCCAUGCACUUAUCUGGGGAAGCGCUUUUGGCUGCAGAAAGCUCAAUCAGUCCCAUGCCUUACAAUUGGACGAUAAGUUUAAAACCCACGAGCCAGUCCGGGAUGAUAAAGUCCCACGGGAACACGACCAGCGGUUUUGGAAACUUCAGCGACCCGUUUGGCCGGGACGAGGAGGUUGCUAAGAUGGAGAUUACCUUGCUUAGCGUGACCUUUGUUGUAGCUGUGGUGGGGAACCUGAGCGUCCUGCUGGCCAUGUACACAAGCCGACGGAAGCCCUCGCGCAUGCAUCUGUUCAUGAAGCACCUGAGCCUCGCGGACCUAGUGGUUGCUUUUUUCCAGGUGCUGCCGCAGCUCUGCUGGGAGAUCACAUUCCGCUUCUACGGACCAGACUUCCUGUGCCGCAUUGUCAAGCAUCUGCAAGUGCAAGGGAUGUUCGCGUCCACUUACAUGAUGGUGAUGAUGACGUUGGACCGCUACAUCGCCAUCUGCCACCCGAUGCAAACACUUCACCAGCCCACACAGCGGGCUUACAUAAUGAUUGGGACCACUUGGUUGUGUAGUCUUGCUCUGAGCAUGCCCCAGUAUUUUAUAUUCUCCCUGAGCGAGGUCCAUCCAGGCUCGGGCGUGUACGACUGUUGGGGACACUUCAUCCAGCCGUGGGGUGUGCGCGCAUAUGUCACCUGGAUCACCGUCGGCAUUUUCCUGGUUCCUGUGGUGGUGCUCGUGCUCUGCUAUGGCUUAAUCUGCCUAACCAUCUGGCGAAACAUCAAGUAUAAGACACGAAAGGGCAGUAGCGGUGUGGCACUUUCGUCCAAGAACCGGUUGCUGGAAAAAACUUCGGUCAGCAGCAUCAGCACAAUCUCACGCGCCAAGCUUCGUACAGUGAAAAUGACAUUCGUGAUUGUGCUGGCAUAUGUGGUGUGCUGGACUCCGUUUUUUACGGUGCAGAUGUGGUCAGUGUGGGACAAAAGUUUCUCCUGGGAUGACUCCGAGAACACUGCUGUCAACCUCUCGGCUCUGCUGGCGAGUCUGAAUAGCUGCUGUAACCCGUGGAUCUACAUGAUCUUCAGCGGGCACCUUCUCUCUGACACUGUCCUCUGUCUGCCGUGCUGCCGGACGCUGCGCCACAGGUUUGGACAUCAGGAUUCGGACAGCAGCAUCCGCCACACCACACUACUUACCCGAGUAACACCCUCGGCCCAACCCCAGCGGAGCUUCGAGCAAAGCUCCUGCAGAGACUGCAUGAAUCACUCCGCUAGAAACUGUCAACCAAUCCCCGUGGAGCUUUGACUGCGCGACGGUAAUCAAGUUCCAUGUGGUUCCGCUUAUGCACUAUAGGCUAUUAUAGUGACGGGAUUGUGUUUAUGGGGAGGCUUAAUGGAAACAACAUGAAUUAUACUGUUUUCCAUCUCUGAUGGAUUUGUGUUUCCGCAUCCGCAUCAAUCAUUUAGGAGAGAUGUGGUAGGCUACAACUGUGUAGGCGCAUUGUCUGUAUCUUGUCUACUUGUUGAACGUAUAAACAGACACAUUUAGGACAUCGUUUAGCACAGAGAGAUCUUUAUGCUUAAGGUUCAGUGGCAUGCAGUGAUAUCCGACCCCGUUUCCAAAAAUGCUGGUACGCUGUGUAAAAUGCA